GAAGGGUGUGAUGGGAAUGGUCUAGACUCUCUCUCUCUCUCUCUCUAACAAAGGACCUCUUUAAAUCUCUCCCACCCCUCACCCACAUCUCCUUCCCUCCCCAACAAAUCAGUCUUCUUCUUCCCCUUCUUCCUUCCAAAGCUCAUCUCCAUAACUUACCCUCAACUUGUCAAAGCAAAAGCUUCAAUGGUGGAUUGGGAGCUUCCCUCUCUCUCUCUCUCUAACAAAGGACCUCUUUAAAUCUCUCCCACCCCUCGCCCACAUCUCCUUCCCUCCCCCUACCAAAUCAGUCUUCUUCUUCCCCUUCUUCCUUCCAAAGCUCAUCUCCAUAACUUACCCUCAACUUGUCAAAGUAAAAGCUUCAAUGGAAUUAGAAGGAAACCAUCAUGAUCAGCUGGAAAGAUGGGAAGGCUAUGUCGACUGGAGGAGCCGCCCCGCCCUCGUUGGCCGCCACGGUGGCAUGCUAGCCGCCUUCUUCGUCUUGGUGGUGGAGAUACUGGAGAACUUGGCAUAUCUGGCGAACGCGAGCAACUUGGUGCUGUACCUGUCGGACUACAUGCACCAAUCGCCUUCCGACGCAGCCAACAAUGUCACAGAUUUCAUGGGCACGGCCUUCCUCCUUGCCCUCUUGGGCGGCUUCUUAUCCGACGCCUUCUUCACCGCUUAUCACAUCUACCUGAUAAGCGCCGCCAUAGAAUUCCUGGGAUUGGUGAUACUUACAGUGCAAGCCAAGUCAUCUGCCCUAAAGCCACAGCCCUGCGACAAGGCCGCGAGCUCCGGCAGCCCGUGUGAGAAAGUCCAUGGAGGAAAGGCCGCGAUGCUCUUUGCUGGCCUCUACCUGGUGGCCCUUGGAGUCGGGGGCAUCAAGGGCUCGCUCCCGGCCCAUGGAGCUGAGCAGUUCGAUGACUCCACAGCCCAGGGGAGGAAGCAGAGGUCCACCUUCUUCAACUAUUUUGUGUUCUGCCUCUCUUGUGGUGGCCUAAUCGCUGUGACUCUUGUCGUGUGGGUCGAGGACAACAAAGGCUGGGAGUGGGGGUUCGGGAUCUCGACCCUAGCGAUACUACUGUCCAUCCCGAUCUUCCUUGCUGGCUCUGCCAUGUACCGCAACAAGAUUCCCUCAGGGAGCCCGCUCACGUCAAUAUCGAAGGUUUUGGUUGCUGCCACAGUAAACAGCUUCCGAUCCCGAAACUUGAGCAACGCCAUCGCAAGCAUGGCCAUGAGCCCAUCAAACAUGGGCCAGAGGACUAUGGGACCCGAGCACGAGGCCCACACCACCAAACCGAAGGACUCAACAACGUCACACGGGCAGGCCACAAACGUAGAAAGCCUCAGGUUCCUAAACAGGGCACUGACAGAGAAACCGCUCCACACAUCACUCCAAUGCUCGGCGGAACAAGUCGAGGACGUGAAGACAGUCCUCAGAAUCCUCCCGAUCUUCGCCUGCACGAUAAUGCUAAACUGCUGCCUCGCACAGCUCUCGACUUUCUCAGUCCAGCAGGCCGCCACAAUGGAUACGAAACUCGGGUCCCUGAAGGUCCCCCCAGCCUCCCUCCCAAUCUUCCCAAUCCUCUUCAUCAUGAUACUAGCUCCCAUCUAUGAUCAUGUGAUCGUCCCAUUUGCCCGGAGAGCCACCAAGUCCGAGAUGGGCAUCACCCACCUCCAGAGAAUCGGGGUCGGGCUGGCCCUCUCAAUCAUGGCGAUGGCGGUGGCUGCCCUGGUUGAGGUCAAGAGAAAACGAGUGGCAACCAACAAGGGUCUGCUAGACUCUGGUGGGCCAUUGCCAAUCUCAUUCUUCUGGGUCGCUUUCCAGUACCUCUUCCUAGGAUCUGCCGACCUCUUCACGCUCGCGGGUCUGCUGGAGUUCUUCUUCUCCGAGGCCCCGAGCAGCAUGAGGUCGCUUGCUACCUCCCUGUCAUGGGCAUCACUGGCAAUGGGAUAUUACCUGAGCUCUGUGAUUGUCUCCAUUGUUAAUGGAGCCACAGGAAGCCCGGGCCACCGAGGAUGGCUCUCCGGCCCCAACCUCAACAGCUACCACUUGGACCGAUUCUAUUGGCUGAUUUGUGUGCUGAGUGGGCUGAACUUCAUACACUAUCUCUUCUGGGCUGCAAGGUACAAGUACAGAUCAAUCAAGUGAGAGGCAACAGAGACAGUGCUGAGAGACACAUUUAAACAGAGAUGUUUAUUAGGUUCGGGCAAUCGAUUCUGGUUCCCGUUGUCUAGGUACGUGUAUAUAUAUUGGGAAUUGGUCAACCGGGUGGCCCUGAGCACGCAGAAACCUGCAUUCCCAAGAAGCGGGCUGGACCAUGCAAUGAAACCCGAUCUAAUGGGCAUGGACCAAAAACGCACUCCUUGAUCACAGGGAACAAUGUAAUUAGUUAGGCAGAUUCAAGUGAUAUAAGAGGAGCCAAAAUCCAGAAGAGGGGGUCUUGAUACAGCGGCACAAGGCGUCACCUGGAAGCAAGAGGUUCUGGGUAUCAGUAGGACUUAUGUGCCCCUUUAUUUAGCUUUAUUUUCUUUCCUUGUACAAGGCCGAUGUGCCUCUCUUAUUACCGAAAAACUAAAAUCCAAAUCCUUUGCCCUCGGUUCUUCGCAUCACA